AUGAGCUGGCGGGCCGAGUCCACGUACCAGAAGCAGUCGGCCUUUGUCGAGGAUGAGAAGGAGUAUCUGAAGCUGGCGAAGAAGCUGCGAGACAUCCUAAAGUUGGAGGAGAAGGUGUCCGCGGGUGAGAAGCUGGCGCAGAACCAGUUGGACAAGGUGGCGCAGAAGGAUGGCAUGCUGAAAGAGGUGGCAUCCCUGGCUGGGAAGCUGCCGGGUGACUCUGACGUCCUGGGCAAGACGGAGGACAUCACCGCGCUGCUGCCGAAGGCCACGGUGCAAGGCAUCGAGCGCCGCCGGAAGCAGGAACAGGAGCGGCGGCAGAUGCGAGAGAAGAAGCAGGAGGAGGAGCGGCGAAAGCCUGAGUUCAUGUGCCGCCACGACCGGCCCAUCCUGAGCGUUUGUAUCUCAGCAGAUGGGAGGUAUCUCUUCACCUGCUCCAAGGAUAACUACCUCAUAUGCUGGUCUCUGGAGACAAAGUUGCUGAAGGCUCUGGUGACCUUCGCAGGGCACACCGGCGCCGUGUUCACCCUCGAUGUGUCGACGGUGCCUCCGCUUCUGAUGAGCGGCUCGGCGGACGGCCAGGUGAAGUUCUGGGAGGGCAAUCCAGACAAGCUGGAGCACUUCACUGUGGUCUCCCCGAAGACCUCCCUGGACCACGGAGGCAGAGUAAGGAUACUCAGAUGGUGCCCGUUCGACGAUGCGGGAGGUAGCCCUGGCGGCGGCUAUGCAGCUGCCGGCCCGGCUGAGGGUCGGCGCUUCGCCUCCGCAUCGGAGAAGCUGGGGUCCAAGCCCGCCCUCAUCGCGGUGUGGCGAGCCAGCGCCACAGGUAUCGCGAAGCUUCUCUUCGAGAUCAAGGACUUGCCAGGCAAAGCCAACGACCUGCAGUGGGGCGGGGGCUCGAAACUGAAGCUGUUCUCGGCGCACGACAACGGGUACGUUGGCGUUUGGAGUGGCGACGCCGCAGGCCCGCCGAUGAAGACCAUCAAGCUCCAUGGCGCCCCGGUCUCUGCGCUGACGCUCACGCCCGACAAGUCCACGCUGGUCACGGCGUCCCACGACACGACGUCAAAGGUGGUGGAUGUUUCACAGCCAGGCACCGAGACCUUAGCCAGCUUCCAGAUGAAAGGCGGAAAGCCCGGCCAGCUGGUGUUCGUAAAGGUUGAUGCUCAGUUUGGAAACCCAACAUGGAGACAAGGCAUCGUCGUUCAGCAAAAGUCAAAAGGUGCAGCGGCGCAGUUCAUGAUCAUGGUCAGGGCAGUGGAUCAAGCAUCUUUGCCAAGCUCAGUAGAAAUUACAAUGAUGGAGAUAGAAAGCCGGAAGUACAUGAUAGUGGAAGGGGGCGAGCGUCAGCUCGUGUCCAACGUGCCGCAGGAGCCUUUUGCAGCACUGGAAGUCAGUGGUGCCACUCUGCUGAAAGAAGGGAGGCGAUGGAUAUCAGAGACAGAAGACAUCCACACUGCCACCGCGUCAGAGGAGCCAGAGGCUCCCAAGGUCAGUGCGGAUCACUUCGUCGACGUUCAAGAGCCGAGCGAGGAGAGCUCCAGCUCGGAGCCCAGUUCCGAGGCAGAGAAAGACAAGGACGAAGUGGACGACGAGCUACUCCGACUUCUACGGCAAGCGCAAAAGAGCAGUCCCGCUUUUGGUGGAAAGAGCGCAAGCUCCGGCGAGCGGAAAAGCAAGAAGGACAAGAAGGACAAGACUUCGCGAGGCUUCGCUUUGUUCGAGGGCGAGAAGACCAAGCGCAAAUCGACUGGAAGUGGGGAGGACACACUGACGGAGGCAAUGCAGAAGCUUCUGUUGAGUUCAGCAGGGAAACCGGACCCGCAGGCGCUUCAGACGUUGCUGAUGAUGAAGAUUCUCAGCGACGCCUCAGCGCAGGACAAAGGAAAGAGCCGAAACCUGAAGGACACCAGGGACUCGUCCAGCAGCGACUCGUCCUCAGAAGACGGCAAAAAGCUCAGGGGUGCGGCGCGUGCUUUCCGGCGCCACAGAAAAGCACAAGAGGCCAUGUGGAGAAAACCCAUGAAGCAUGUUCGGACAUACAUAGAGGAGGUGGAAACCGAGUUGGGAGUGGAGGGCGGAGACAAGCCCUACCACCUUUGGGAUUUCACCCGCAGAAUCCCUUUCGGCAAGCAGAAGGGGCUCUUUCGAGCGCACUUCCUCGUCUCGCACAUCCUCAAGCACCUGUUGGACGACGAUCCGAAAGCAGCAGCGCUGAUGACCGUGCUCACUCUCAGAUGCCUGCACCAAGUGGCAUUGGACGGAGGCAACUGGGAGAUAGGCUGGGCGCUCACCAGUCUCAAGGACCCGCUGGCUCGGAAGCGGUGGGGCGGCGAACCGGCCCAACUGGAGAGUGCAGCAGAGUACCUUCGAGCAGUCCAAGAUCUGGAAAAGCGCACCAAGCAAGCAGCUUGGUGGAACCAAAGUCAGGAGCACCAGGAGACCGAGCCUGGCGAGAGCGACAAAGUGUGGAGGCCGCCGGGUCCGGCAAAAGGCGGCCGCAAAGGAAAGGAGAAAGGCGACAAGCCUUCGGACGGUCGCAGCCUGGGUUGCACCCGCAACCGAAAGCGGAGGCGAGGCAUGAAGGUUGCUGAGGAUUGGGUUGUAGUCGUUUGGGGGCUGUUCAACUACUUCGAGGGAGCCGUGAUUGACCCUGCCGAGCACCUGCGUGGUGAGCGGCUGGCACAGUUCCUCUCGAUGCCAGAUUGGGACGAACUGCAGAUUGCCAUGCAGUUGCUUGAGAGCGGGUUGGCAGUUUUAGUUUCUGAGGAAGAUGUGCUUCGCACUCAAUCUGGCGAUCCUGUCGUCGCAGGUUUCUUCACAGAAGAGCUCUUGUGGGCUACGUUGCUGUUGCCUUUCGCCCAUGCAUGCGUUCGCUGGCAAGUUUCAAAUCGAGUCAGCGCCACGGACGCGACGCCGACCCAUGCUGGACGCACGGUUGCAGAGCUACCGCCCAAACUUGCUGAGAUGUGUUAUCGUUAUGGAGUUCACAAGGGUGAAGCUGUUAGACUUGACUGGGCACUAGGGGCUCUUGCGCCCUCUUCUGACAUUGUGUCAGCGCCGAAUGAACUGGAAGAAGCUUUACUGUGCGCCAGAUGGAGAGUCACAGAACGAUCGAAAUUCAAGUCUGUGUGCCACAUCAAUAUCCAAGAAAUGAAAGUCGCAGUGAAGCAGCUUAAGAAUGCCAUUUCGCAGUCAUCUGAAGGGCUCCGUCUGGUGAACCUCUGUGACUCGCGCGUCGUCUGCGCAGCGUGGGCCAAAGGUGUUGUGGUCCGCAUAGAAGCGCCAAAGAAUCGGCGACACAUGAGCCGACAUCAGUUUGUUCUCGUUGAGCAUGCUCCCUGCUGCCAUGCCUUGCAGAGCAUCUUGCCGCAUUUGUGCCCACAAGACCAGUUGUGGCCGUGGGGCCCGCGCCGCUUCCGGGCCAUGUUCCGUCAGGUUCAGCUGACACUCUCGCCAGCGGCAAAGCGCAGAAUCACCACACUCCUUCGUCACGGCAGAACCUUCUUCAGAGACUUGUCUUUUGUGCAACUUGAACGGUUUGCAAAGCGCUGCGCAGAACCAGAACUUCGGCUCUUCGCCCGUGCGGCAGUUGCUACGCGUGCGUUGGAGCCCGCCGAUUUGCAGCCCUGUCGGCCCGUCCAGCCUUCGUUGUCUCCAGCGGCCGCUGCGCCUCAUCCGGUGCUUAGCCGGCUUGAAGCCGUGUCUGCAGGCUUUCGCCACCUGAGGUCGCUUUUCGCAGAGGUUUCCAGUCUCAAGCUUUUCUUGUUGACAGUGUUGGUCGCUGUGCUGUCACGCCCGUCAGCGCAUUUCCUUGUGGGCCGGUUCCUUGUACUCAGUUUUCGCUGGGCACUGCAACAAACUUUUGGUCUGCUUUUUCAGUGCUUGGAUGCGCUUUUGCUCGAGUUUGUUCUCUGGUUGAGGGGUGUGCACGAGCCGCCCUCCGUGGGCUCUUUCAUGGAAGCUUCUUGUCCUGCGUGCCUGGGUUUGGGCCCAUUCGGCCAGGUUCUUCUAAGCACAUUCUCGGUGUUCCUCGGCGCGCUGCUCACUCACUUGAAUCAGCGCUUUCAACUGCCAAACCGUGCCGGAAGGCCGGUUUUGCGUUUGUGA